AUGCGCAAACAGCAAGGCAUUUGGGGCCACGUAGGGCACCUCCAUAGCAGCAACCCUGAUUUGGCCAGGUGGAUCAAUAGACCCAAAAAGCCCACUGUGGUUGACUAUGCAAAUGCAGCAUGGUUUCUUGAAGGCAGCUGGAUUUCAAGAGCGUUUUUGCGCGAGCCGCCACCAUCAAAGCUGACUGGCGAAGAUCUACAUUUGAGCUACAUGGUGAGGAAAGUUCUAGGACUAGAAACUCGCGUGGUGGGCUGGCGUCGGGACAAGCAUCCCUUCAGCCGCUACCGCCUUCAGAUGACAGAUAAAACCACGUUGACACCACCAAUGUUUUCACUCAGAUCAUUCCUGUUGCGUGCAGAGAUGAGCCGUGGUCCUGCGGUGAGGCAUGAGCCGAUCCAAUGCUUGGCCUACGUGGACACUCCACUGCAAGCAAGGCACCUUUUGAAGCUUCGCCGCGAGGGCGUAGAGCUGUGCUCAUCGUGCUCGAGGGACUUGAAAGUGGCAUUGUUGCUAUCAGGUUUGCAGGACGACAUUGAGGUUCAGGAAAUAGAGGAGGUUGGCCGGAUCUUAUGCCACGAGUCCUUCGGUCCAUGCUUUGUACCGUAUGAGGUGUGCGGAGAGGUGUGUCAAAACAUGGGCUUUGCAAAGGUGACCUCCCUAAACAUGCGUGUUGGACCUAGUGGCACCCGGCCCUUUCUGGCAGCGGACCUUUUGGAGGCUGCUGGCAGCGUCCUGCUCGCUUUGCACGUGCGGCUCUUGGUGCUUCCGGCAGAAGAGUCCUGGAUGUCGCGAACUGUUUUGUUGGCUGCGCAGUUGUACCAAGACGAUGAAGGUGACGCCAGAACUCCAGCGCUGGAGAUCGCGACCCUCCCAAGCGAGGGGCAAAGUUGCGACAUUGCAGACUUGCCAAAAUGCCAAAGGAGGCCGGACCCAGUGCUGAAGGAACUUCAAGAAGGUUCCAUCGUCACAGAUGUUUUGGGCACAGUGGGCAGUGAUUGGGCCUCAAAGCCGCGCUUGGCCACCACAACUUUGGCCAAAGUGCCAUGGUGGAAAGCGAUCGCAGUGCUGGAGGGGAUGGUGACGUUGCAGAUGCGAAUCAACGAAUUCCACUGCAAUGUUGUUCUGAAGGCCAGCCCAUGGCGUCAACAAGGCGCCCAUUUGAUGAGCAUGGCCAAUGCGCAGUUGGAGCAGGACCAAGUGACACUUACUUCUGGCAUUGCAAAAGGGGAAGCUCCCUGGCCAGUGGCUGUCCGGCGCUUGCACGAGAUGAACAAUCACCAUAUCAGAUGCGAUGUCACCGGCUUUAGUGCUUUGCUGACUGCUUGUGACAAGCAGAGAUGGACAAAGGCAUUUGAAUUCCUACACCAUAUGGCAUUGCAGAAGUUGCUUCCAGAUGUGGUGACGAUCACUGCCGGCAUCGUCGCAGCUGGAAACCUUAUGUCCUGGCCAUUGUCGCUGAAACUGUGCCAAAUGAGACCCAAAGAGGUCCUUUUGAACGCAUUCGUUCUGACUUCCGUGCUCAAAGCCUGCGACCCUCCUGGACAAUGGGGCCUGGCCCUUUUGCAUUUGCAGCAUGCUUUCGCCCAACGAGCACCCCCAACAUCCGCAUGCAAUGCUGCGGCAGGGCUACUAAGCAGGGUGGGACUUUGGCACUGGGUGCUGACUGUGGCCUUGACAAGGCCCGACAAUUUGAGCUGGCCCAUCGCAGUGAACGCUUGUAGUGCGGCAAACCUAUGGCAAACCGCUUUGCAAUUAGCCUUCCAAUCUCACAACCACAUGGCGGCCUCAACAGCAUGCGAACGUGUGAGGAAGUGGCAGCUCGCCCUGGCACUUCUGGGCAAGCGACCGAUAAAGGGGAGCUCCCCAGAAGCCUUGGCAAGCCAAGCUUGGGCCUUAUCAAAAGACCCAGCGGCAGCAAGGCCAUCCAAAGCCGGGCUGGCCCAAGUGAACCAACAAGCAAGGGAGCUCGCCAUUCUGGCCACUCAAAAGCUUGACCAUUUUGAGGCACGCGAGCUGGCGAGUCUUUUGUGGUCAUUAGUAUCGAUUGCUUAUGUGGACAGGGCACUGCUUGACGGCGCAUCCACCCGCCUUUUGGAGGAUCGCCUUCAUCAGCUCUCAGUACGAGAGCUGGCCAGUUUGGCGAUGGCGUUGGCUAGCAGCAGCUUUGACCACAGCACAGGCGAGCUGUGCCUCGUUGCAUUUCAAGCGCUACAACGGGAGAUAGCAGCACGAGCUGGUCAAAUUUCUCUGCCAGCAGACUCCAUGAUGCUGCAGGACCUUGCUGACCGCCUUCUUGACAUUCUUUGGGCAUGCAAGUUUGCUGGCUACCUGAGCACAAACAUGCUGUCGGCUUGCAGGAGACUGUUGGACAAGAUUGCAUGUGCCCUUGGACAGCUUCAAGGACAACAGUUGCAAUGGGCCACACUAGCAGCUUCGCACCAAGAAGGUUGUGAUGAAAAUCCUGGAAAUCCUCAAAUCGUAGUCGAUUUUGGUGAUAGAAGUGUGGUGCACAAGCCACCAUCAUUUUGGCAGGUGGACGACGGGAAGGAUGAACCAGAGGACGAUGCCCUUCGGCUGUCGCAGUUCACCCAGGCUUUGAAUCCUCCCCGGCAGUGGCCACUCAUGGAGGAUACCCAACAUGGUCGAGGUUUUCUCCACCGUUUGGACAUUCCAACAUCUGGCUUAGUACUUCUAGCCAAGAACCACAAUGCCCUGUACGAUCUCAGGCUACAGUUGGCAAUUGGAGACCUGCAACGUGAGUACUGUGUCCUUGCUCAUGGGCGUUGGCCCGGGGAAGCCCGAAAAGAUCUGCGGAGCCGAGUGCAUUGGUUUGGCACAGGCCGCCAAGCAGGAAGCAUCAUUGCACCGGCAGGGCGGGUGGCACUCUCGAAGGCCAAGCUCUUGGCAAAUGGUCAUCAGCUGGCUGGUCAGGCAGUGAGCCUGUUGGCGAUUCAGAUUGUCACGGGCCGCCAACAUCAGAUUAGACUGCAAAUGGCACAUGUGGGGCAUCCGGCAGUCACUGACAAGAGAUACUUUUCGUCAGUCAACUGCAUGCUGGACAUGCGAUGGUGCCGGAGAAACUUUUUGCAUCGCUAUCGCUUGGCCUUCUUUGGUGCGAGAGCCCGUGAAGUGGAGGUCAUUCAGCCACUUCCAUCAGAUCUUCAAUCGUCGUUGUUACGCAUUAGCGCAGCGGCAUCCUCUAUCGAUACAUUCAGGUUUUGGAGUAGUGGCUCACGGCCAAAGCGCUGGGAAAGGCUUCAUCCUCUCGAGCCGCUGAAAAGCACAAAUGAAAGCGAUUGA